AUGUCACCAGAAGGCGUGUCUCCGGUACCGCAGCCAACCUCGGCUCCUUCACGGCCUGGCAAGAGCGCAACGAUCGAACAGUCUGUGAAGAUGUUUAGGGUCUUCGAAGCACUGCGGAAUGGGGAUACUGCUGCAAUUUCAAAAGCUGUGAGGGAUCAGUCUGGUGGGCUCGAAGGUACUUCGAUAUUACACUUGGCCGUACAAUGCGCCGAUCUACGUGUCGUAGAGUUUGUGCUGUCAAACAUCACUGCUGGAGAAGGCAAUGGCCUGGAUAUUAACUCGCGGGACCGCGACGGAAACACGCCGCUUCAUAUUGCUGCAAGUCUCGGUCGCUUCCCGGUGGUCAAGAUGCUCCUUGCUCGGGACGAAGAGAUCAAUGACUCGGUUACCAACUUCAACGGACAGACUCCCUUGGACGUUGCACGUGGUGCAGACGUGCACCAACUGCUCCAGGAGAAGCGUUUCGACUUCAUCCAAGAAUGCAUCACACAUAUCCAUGAGCUGGUCGUUAAGAAGAAUUACGACGAGCUGAAGAGAGUGCUGGUGGAUGCGAAAGUCAAGAGUGUGCUCGAUGUCAAUCAGCCAGAUCUUGCUACGGAUCAUACGACACUGGAAAGCGGCGGCACAUUGUUGCACCAAGGCGCUCGUGGUAAAGAUGCCACUCUGAUUCAACUACUUUUGCUCAAUGGAGCCGAUCCAUUCCGCAGAGACCGGAAAGGGAAGUUGCCCCAAGAUGUCACAAAGGAUGAUAAGACGAAAGCGUUGUUGAAGAAAUCGCCCGCAGCGGCCGCGGCGCAACGCGGCAUCCAAGAGAAGACCAUUCUCGGUGGUGCAGCAUCCCAGCCAGGUGCUGACGGUACCCUUGGUAGCAAGGAAGCGCGCGAAAUGAAGGGAUAUCUGAAGAAGUGGACCAACUACACGAGUGGUUACAAGCUCAGGUGGUUCGUCUUGGAAGAUGGUGUAUUGAGCUACUACAAACGACAAGAGGAUGCUGGAUCGGCGUGCCGUGGCGCUAUCAACAUGAGGAUAGCCAAGCUCUAUAUGGAUCCCAAGGACAAACAACUCUUUGAAAUACAGGGCAAAUCAUCAGUCAAAUACCACCUCAAAGCGAACCACGAAGUCGAAGCGAAGCGAUGGUUCUGGUCGUUGAACAACGCCAUUCAGUGGAGCAAGGAUGAAGCUAAAGAGGAUGAGCGUCGACAGAAGACUGAUUUUGAGUCAACAAGGCACUCUACCAGUGAAAGGAAGCAAGCAAAAGACACGGACGCGGCCAGUAUUACAAGCUCCAAGGCUGGUGGACAUCUCCAUCCCAGUAGUGCCCUCGGACCAACAGCAAGUAUAUCGAGAACUGUUAGCGAAGCGCACGAGGAAGAGGGCAGUGCUUAUGCUCCUAGCAUGUCAGAGCUGGGCAAGCUGGUGAGCCAUGCAGGCACCAACACAGUUGACGAGGACCCAGACGAUGAAGACGAAUACUUUGACGAUGCCAGUAGUCACGAGCCUCAGCCCGCGAAUAAGGAUGCUUUUAACACGACCGCUCAGUCCGCAAAAUUACAGCUCGAGCUUCUUGCACAAGUGUCGCACGCCCUUCACAUGGAGCGAGAGAGGAAUCCUUCACUACAGCUGGCAGACGCCGUCGCCACACAAGCUCUCAGUUCAUAUGAAGCCGCCGUUGGGACUUUGAAGGCGCUUCUUGGUGACUUGCUUAGAAUCUCACGGGACCGUGACGCUUAUUGGCAAUACCGAUUAGACCGUGAGGCCAACGUUCGACGAAUGUGGGAGGAGAGUAUGGCGCAGGUCGCCAAGGAACAAGAACAGCUCGAGGAGCGCAUUGGCGAGUCCGAAGAGAAGCGCCGACAGACUAAGCGGGCUCUAAGAGAAGCUCUGGGAGGCAUGGACAAUGCGGCUGGUGCGGCUGGUGCUGAAGAUGCCCAGCCUGACGCCGGAGCACCGGGCGCGAAGUCUGCAGAGCCUGAGCUCACCUUGCCUCGCCGAAAGACUACUCUCGUAGACCCAGCGAUUAUCGACUCAGACUCGGAGGACGAUGAGGAGUUUUUCGAUGCUGUCGGUGCUGGUGAAGUAGAAGUGAUUGAAGAAAUGCCUGUCACGAGCCCUGGUCUGAAGGAGUUCGAGACGGCACCAUCCACAGAUAUGACUUUGGGAGAUAAAGCGGCGGAAAUCUCGACUGCAUUUGCCGGGUAUGAAGAUGGGCCUCGGAAGAGAUUGAAGAUGGAUGCAGAUGAUCGACCGAAGAUCUCGCUCUGGGGGAUCUUGAAGUCCAUGAUUGGUAAAGACAUGACUAAGAUGACGCUGCCUGUAUCGUUCAACGAACCUACUUCACUGCUUCAGCGUGUAGCAGAGGAUAUGGAAUAUACCGAUCUUCUUGACCAGGCUGCCGAUCGAAUGGACUCAACAGAGCGUAUGGUAUACGUGGCUGCCUUUGCAGCCAGUGAGUACGCUUCUACGAUUGGACGCGUGGCUAAACCUUUCAAUCCUUUACUUGGUGAGACGUACGAGUACGCCCGACCGGACAAGGGCUAUCGGUUCUUCAUUGAACAAGUCAGCCACCAUCCGCCCAUCGGAGCGGCGUAUGCAGAGGCUCCGAAAUGGGACUACUACGGUGAAUCUGCGGUCAAGUCGAAGUUUUACGGUAAAUCAUUUGACAUCAAUCCGCUCGGGACAUGGUUUCUGCGCCUACGCCCCACGUCUGGCGGCUCAGAACUCUACACAUGGAAGAAGGUCACGUCGUCUGUCAUUGGGAUAAUCACGGGAAAUCCUACAGUCGACAACUACGGCGUCAUGGAGGUCAAGAACCACGCGACGGGUGAAGUGUGCACGCUCGAAUUCAAGCCCCGCGGCUGGAAAGCCAGCUCGGCAUACCAGGUUAAUGGCAAAGUGCUUGACGGAAACGGUCAGACAAGGUGGUCUGUGGGCGGUCACUGGAACGACAAGAUCUACGCUCGACUCACGCCCGGCUUCGAAGACGCGGCCGUGGGCGCAAACGCAAAGACCAACCAAGCAGUCCUCAUCUGGGAAUGCCAUGCCCGUCCAAAGGGCAUCCCGUUCAACCUCACGCCUUUCGGCGUCACGCUCAACGAGAUCAACGACAAGCUCCGGCCUGUGCUUGCGCCGACGGACACCCGGCUCCGGCCGGACCAGCGCGCGAUGGAGGACGGCGAGUACGACUUUGCGGCGAGCGAGAAGAAUCGCGUCGAGGAGAAGCAGCGCGCAAAGAGACGCGAGCGAGAGGCGAAUGGCGAGGAGUUUGUGCCGCGCUGGUUCCACAAGGCCACGGAUGAGGCGACUGGGGAGGAGUUUUGGCAGUUCAACCACGAGUACUGGAAGGAGCGGGAUGCGGUUGCGAAGGGGACGAAGGAGUGGAGCGGGCUGGAGGAUAUUUUUUAG